CCUUUUCUCUUUCAUCCGAGCACUCCAAAUCGGAAGAACAGUCUCCGCCGCUCCAUCUUUGCGUCCGCCGUCUGUGUCUGCAGAUCCUCCCUCGCCGUCGCCAGAGUCAGGCCCGUCCGAUUAGCCGUUGCAAUUAGGUUCCUUCUCCUUCAGCGACCUCGCUUAUGAGACUUCCUCGUCAUCACAUCCCGUGUCGGCUCUUGAUCCUACGUUGUCGUCACCCACGCCGGAGUCGCCCUAGCCUCAGUUACCUUCUCAUGUGCUAAUCUCAUCGCCGUCGCGCUCAUCUUAGUCCGACCUAGAUCUUAUGGCGUCACUGGCAUUUUUCUUUUUGAGAGGUGAAAGGGAAGAGAAGAGAGGU